UACUUCAGUUAAUUUUUGUCCUCGUUUCUGUCUCGUUUAUGCCACGAAUCCCAACUAUACCAGGAGUUGUCAUUCCGCUACGCUCUGAGCAAGACCGGUGGUUGAAGAGUUAUGUAGCGAGACUUUGCCAGCUGGAUCAUGAGCGAUUUCCUGGUAGUCAACCAAUCAGUUUUGCAUCGGAACAUUUGCAGCAGCUGGAACUUCGUGACUACUGGGUGUGCGAAAAGUCUGAUGGCAUUCGCGUCCUUUUCUUCCUUCAAACCGACCUCACGUCAGGCAGUCAAGCAGUUUACCUUAUCGACAGACACAAUGAUUAUUAUGAGGUUCAGGGAUUCUGGUUUCCUCAUCACGAACGACGGAAGUUGCCUUUGGGAGAUACCAUUGUCGAUGGAGAGCUCGUCAUUGAUGUAGACCCUCGCACCAAAAAAGAGACACUGCGGUUUCUCGCAUUUGACUGCCUUGUGGUUGAUGGGCAGAAUGUCAUGUCGCGAACACUGGACAAACGAUAUGGGCGUCUCAAAGAAUGGUUUUUCAAACCAUUCUCAAUGAUGCUGCAAGAACUCCCUCACAUGGCUGCUGGUCAGGCCUUCGACAUCAAGGUUAAGAAGAUCAGCUUCUCCUAUGGUGUUGAAGAAGUGUUCCAGUUGGUCAUUCCAACACUACAGCAUGGCAAUGACGGCCUCAUCUAUACCUGCGUGGAGACGGCGUAUGCGUCAGGUACUGAUCCAAACAUACUGAAGUGGAAACCUCCUUCCGAGAACUCCAUUGAUUUCAAGCUUGUGUUGCGGUUCCCUCCAUUAAAAAGUGAUCUAUCGAAACCAGACUAUCACGCGAAACCGUUCUUCGCACUUUAUGUAUAUUGUGGUGAUGAACAGGGACGACCGAAAUACGAAUUUUACGAUGAACUCUUUGUCGACGACGAUGAGUGGGAGAUGAUGAAGUCAUCAGGUGAACAGAUUGACGACAGGAUCAUCGAGGUUCACUGGGAUCCUGUUGUAUCCCAUUGGCGCAAGAUGCGCUUUAGGGACGAUAAACCCAACGGCAACUAUCGGACGGUAGUUGAGAAUAUCAUCCAAAGCAUUGCUGAUGGUGUCGAGAAAGAUGCGCUCCUCGAGCGCUCUGCGGUAAUAAGAAACGCCUGGAAAGCGCGCGCUCGGCCACAGCAGCCCCCUCAGAGAGGGCGAGACACUGCCACACGAACUCCAUCAAAUGGGCCCUCACUAGCGCAUGCCCCACCACCAAAUGUAUCAUUGAGAUAUGGCCCUCUCGCCACUUCGCGAUGGAGCAGGGUGUCUGGGCCCCCAAUGUUUGCUGGCAUGCAUCGCUGAUCCAACUAUCACGUCACGUAUCGCAUCGCUCUCAUGAUAGGCAACCGGAAUUACAAACUAUUUGUGCGUCCAUCGGGUUGUUAUCGCCUGUCGCACCCACCCUCCAUCAGAUCGCCCGUGAAACAACUGAGUGAUGUCUCGGUUCUUGUUCCGGGGAUGCAUCUCGCCGGAUAUGGAUAUGUGGAGGAAUCGGGUCCACGCAAUAGCUGUCGUCGCUUGAUACCCAAAGAAUGGAACGCCUUUCGAUCCGACGUUAUCGAUUUGUUUCACUUAAUACAUUCGCAC